GAUGAGAGAAGUGCCGGUAGUGAGAACUACAAUUUAUCAAUGAGAAGUUAAUGAUAGCGUCGACAGCAGCCGACAGAGUACAGCAGGAGCACAAAUUGAAGCUGCCACAGAGUAAGCCAAACCAGCGCAACUAGAACGAAGCAGCAAGCAAGCCACAAACAGCUUCUGCACGGUUUGCUGUGUGUACUUUAGACUGUAUGCGUUGAAUGUUGUGUACAUUUGCUUGGAAAAUUUUUGAGAAGUGAUAGUGAAGUGGUUUUGUUAAGGAUAUCAUUAGUUUUCUAAUUGUACGUGAAUACAUCACUGCUCGUUUAAUUUUCAAUAUUCUGAGGAAGGAAACUGAAACUAUCAUUAGAUGAACUGCGCUCCUUCGAACACUGAAAUAUCGCAGUGGUUGCAAGUGCCGCCUUUAUACAACCUUGUUGCCUUAGUUGCAAACGUGUAUUUAUCAGUCACCAACUGGCAUCAGCGAACGAAGUUACUGAACUUCAGUAUUGAGUAAUCACUCUUUCUGACGACUCAUCUCGUGAGAUCGAACUGAACGAAAUUCACAUUAAAGCCAGAAAAGAUCCAUAAGGCUUGUGGCGAAGGAAAAUUAAAGACGGUGAAUGUAUUGUUCUUCUAAUUAUAAGAAUUUUGAAGAGUAGAACACCAAGAAACAUAACCUUCACGUGUUUCUUGCAACGCGCUGAAUAGGUGUUGUGGACGUGGGUUGUGUGGAGAAGACAUUAGAACAAUAUCAAGUAUUAUUUAAAUUCUAAAAAUGUCAAUCAAUACGAUUGCCCUGACGUCAACAAAUCAGCUUCUGUUUAUUCUAGUUUCUUCCCUUGUGAUUUGUGUAAACAUCAAUGCUGAAUGGAAUACCAAAGACUACAUGAAACGAGAACAUUCCUUAAUUAAGCCAUUUCAAGGUUCUGGAAUGACUAUUCCUUACUGGGACUUCAUGGGAAGUACAAUAGUAACAAAUAAUUAUGUGAGAUUAACUCCUGACCUGCAAAGUAAGCAAGGGGCGCUAUGGAAUUCUGUGCCUUGUGGAGUAAGAAAUUGGGAAUUACAAGUCCACUUCAAAGUUCAUGGUAAAGGUAAAGACCUAUAUGGAGAUGGUUUUGCCAUUUGGUAUGCAAAAGAUCGGAUGUCUCCUGGGCCUGUUUUUGGAAACAUGGAUUAUCAUCAUGGUUUGGCAAUAAUUCUUGAUACGUACAGCAAUCAUAAUGGUCCACAUAAUCACCAACAUCCUUACAUAUCAGCUAUGAUUAACAAUGGCACACUACAUUAUGAUCAUGACCGUGAUGGAACCCAUACUCAAUUAGCAGGUUGUGAAGCUAAAUUUCGUAAUUUGGACCAUGAUACUCACAUAGCUAUUCGAUAUGAACAUGAUGUGUUGACAGUGUCCACAGAGAUAGAAAACAAAGCUGCUUGGAAGGAGUGCUUGUCAGUGAAAGGUGUGCGUUUGCCCACAAAUUAUUAUUUCGGCAUGUCAGCAGCAACUGGAGACCUAUCUGACACUCAUGAUAUAUUAUCAGUUAGAUUGUACGAAUUGGAUAUACCAGAUGAUCCAAAAGAUGUAGAAGAGGAUCGUUCACAAAUAUCUCCUUCUGCUGCGUUCUUUGAACCACCUAGAGAUCAUGUUGAAGAUCCCAAACCUUCCUCUCUGAGCGGCAUAAAAAUUUUUCUCCUAAUGUUAGUAGGUUCAAUUGCUAUUAUUGCUUGCGUUGUCAUUGGUAUCAUGCUCUACCAGAAACACCAAGAAAAUUCACGUAAAAGAUUUUAUUAAAAAGAGGAUCUUUUUUAAUAUGUUGGAUUAAACAAUGCAAAAUUGUGUGAAUAUAAAGAAAAUGCACUGCAUCACGUCUAUGGUUAAAUUUUAGUUUGUUUAGAUAUGUGUAUUUCUUUUUAAGUCUCUUUUUUGUUUAUAGUUGGUAUGUUUUAUAAUUUGCCUAGUACAUGCAAUGGAAGCUUGAACAAAUUUGUUUCGUACAAUUUUUCACUUUUUUCUAUUCUUUUCCCUUUGUAGCUUACUAGAAUGCAACUAGUCCUACUUUUGAAUGCAACGAGAAAAAAGUUUUGCUUUUAGUCGUAUUCUCAUUACUAUUUUAACAAAAUUGAAUAUUUAAUUUUUUUGAUUGUUAAAAUCACCAAUUUAUGUUCAAGAUUCCAUUUCAGUUGAUUUGUGAUGAUUUUGCUCUGAUUACUUUGUAAGUUAUUAUUAUUAUUAAGAAUGUAAGGUUUUUAAUUGUCAGAUUAUAUUAAAGAGAAAUUUAACAUUUUUAUUAAGAUGUAUGUGAUAUGGAGAUUUUAAUAAAGAGGUUGCAUGUUGUUUUCAAUACAUUACACAAAAUCCUUACUGAAUGAGAGUGGCCAAGUCGGGGAAAGUCACAAAUUUGGUGCUGCCUAGGAAUUUCAUUAAUUGAAAAAAUGUUGCUGUAGAUUUAUUGGUAAACCUUUUAUGUUUUCAAUUUUUAAAUCCAAACCCAAAAGUAAAUUAACCAUUUACACUUAAUGUUGCUGCAAACCUUCAAUGCACAGGUACAUUUAGUUACAAAAUCUGUACCUCAAAACCCAUAAUUGGAAGGAAAGGGUCAUGAGAAAUUUUCAAAUUUCAUCAAGGAAUCCCAAGGACUUCUCAAGAAAUUUGCCUGUCUUUGUUGGCCACUUUGUCAAUAGUAGGAAAAUUUGAAGAAAAUAGACAUCACAUAGGUAGAUCUUUGCAAAAGCUAAUAAUACAGUACUCAUAUUAUACAAGGUGAAAAAGAAAUCCAUGCAAGGAGGGAAACAUUGCAUUCUUCUCUUUGGAUAAUUUUUAGAAUUUCUUAUUAUUUAGUAAUUUUGUUAUGAAUAUUUUAAAAAUUAAGUGUUUGAUAGGUGUACUGAUUUGCAGAUAAUUAAACCUAAUAAAUAUACUAAAGCAAACCUCUUCCGAUAAAUGAUUAUUAGUGAACACUUGCUCAAACAAGAUAAAAGAUGGGAUUGUCAUGAGCAAAAGAAUACAUUUUUGACAUGUGUAAUGUGAAGUAUGCUUGCACAAAGGAGUAACUGAUCAUGUGGUUUGUAAUGGUUGAUAAGUGUUUGGAAAAUGUAAUUUUUCCACCUUCCUAUGAAAUUCCAUAAUUGGUCUGUUAUGAAUUUUAGUGUUAUAAGAUUUUUUUAAUCUAAUUGAAUGAAGUUUUUAUUGAGUGUGCAGGAAAAAUAAUUGAGUAAGGCUAACAUUAGAUUAAACUUGUCUGAAAAUAAAUUGCUAACCACCACAUCCUGCCAAAGAAUCUUACGAUUUGCAACAUGCAUGUUCAUGUAAAAAGAAGUGCCUUGAUAAAUUUUGAAAGUUACCAUGAAAAAAAUUUUGUAGUGAUGGUGUCAUGGAAGCAAUUGUUGAAUAUAAAUAACUGUGUUUCAGAAUUUUAUACUCUUCAUUGUGGAGUUAAUGUUAGUCUUGCUUGCUAUUUUGAUACUGAAUGAAAAUCUUUGAAGUGUUACUUAUCCCAAGAAACAUUACUUUGGGGAAGGUGACCUUUCUGCUUGUAUAUUGUUUUAUUUUGGUGUUGGUAUGCAAGGUUGGUACUCUGGUGACGGUUGAAUAUGUUUUUGUACAUAAUGGAAACUGUGAAUUGUACAUUAUAAAAUGACAAUGUUGACAAGUGAGGAGAUUUUGCUCUAGCCUUUAUAUCCCUGAAUUUACAUGGAUAAAACCAUUUGUACACAUGAAGCUGUGAUUUGUUUAAUUAGUGGAAAAUGUUUUGUGCCAACAAAAAAAAAGAAAAGAAAAAGAGGCACCUAGAAGAAAAAGAAAGCUCUUCAUUCUUCAAUAAUCUCCUAUAUAAUUUCUUUAUUGAUACAAGUGGAGGAUGAUUCUAAAUUUUUAUUUGUGUUUGUGAAAAUGUAAAUGUAAAAUUCAUUCAAGAUGUGGUCAUUAUUUUAAAGUGAAUUGUUCGUAAUAUCUCAGUGAACUUAUUCAUUAUUGUAUUAUAAAUGAAUAUGGAAUGAAAAUCACCUUCCCCAUUUUCUUGCUGUAUUAUUUAAACAUAUAUUUGAAGUAGAAUCUUUCUCCUGGCUCAUUGGCUAAGGUUGUAAGAAGAGUUUUGCAGUGUGCGCCAUGCCAGUUAGUUUUCUGAAAUAUAAAACAAAAUUUAAUAAUUUCUAAUUGCCACCAAAAACAAAAAAAAAUACUGAGAUUAUAUUAAAUAUCUGAAUGGUAUGUGCCAGUGGUUCUCAAAGUGAAUGUACACUCUGUGAGAUGUGCAAAUUAACUUAAGAAAAAAAAGCAAAUCUGGGGGAAGAAUAAAGCAGAUUGAAUGCAAAAUUACCAUUGUAUUUAAAUGUAUAGAUGUGUAUAUUAAUAAGCUUAAUGAGAAUAAAUUGGGUCAUUCUCCUAUUUCUAUUUUUAGUGCUGUUUACACUAGUAAAAAAUGUAAUACAAUUAUUGUUCAGUUUUCCUGGGGAUUUGAAAGUUAACAUAAGUACUUUUGUGUGAAUAUUUUUUAUGUUAUACCAACUUGGUAUACAAGUAUCAAUAUCUUGGGAGAAAAGAUUUUAGUUGUGAGUAUUUAAAUUGUUAAAUGUCUAGGGUACCAGGACUCUAAUGUUUAAUUCAAUAUUUUUAAGGUCUCUUUGAGAAAAUGUUUGAGAACCAUUGGUUGACUCCGUAAAUAAACAUGCAUUUAUUCACAGUUUGUGAGGACAAGUAGCAGUAAUUGUUUAGAGUAGGCAUAAAAUUAGUGUUUCAAAAAAAAAACAAAAAAACAUUCAGAACCAAAUCUAAAAGACAGUUGUAUAAUAUUAUGUCUUUCAAAAUAUGUAAACUACUGAUAUUGAAAGAAGAAACGCAUUGACAUUUGUCAAAUUCUUUAUUCUCAUAUAAGUGGAAUGAGAAGGCUGGUUCUUGUAAUUCACUUUAUUCAUCUAGUCUCAAGUGUGUGUGGAUCUUACCACAUUCACUUCUGUAAUAUGUAUAACCUGGUGCAACCAGCUCCUGGCUGCUAAAGAAUGAUUCUUUGUUAUCUCAAGAAUGAUGUAAAGAAUGAACCAUGUUCUUUUAUAACAACUCCUGUUAUUUGUUAUUUUGUAUAAAAAAUAUGACAGUGUACAGUGUUUUUAUUUUAAU